AGCACAAGCAGAAGAGAGAUAUGGGAAAGAACUGAUUCAAAUUGCCCGAAAAGCAGGAGGACAAACAGAAAUCAACACACUGAAGGCAGCAUUUGAGAGCCUUAAACAACAAAUUGAAAGUGUUGGAAACUCUCAUAUCCAGCUGGCAGUAAUGCUGAAGGAUGAACUGAAAGGAAUAGAGGAGUUCCGAGAAAGACAGAAGGAGCAAAGAAAAAAGUAUGAGUCUGCAAUGGAACGCAUGCAAAAGAGCAAAUUGUCCCAUUACAAGAAAACAAUGGAGUCAAAGAAGACCUACGAACAGAAGUGCAAGGAGGCGGAUGAGGCCGAGCAGUCCUUUGAACGGACAAGUGCUUCAGGCAACCAAAAGCAAACAGAAAAGAGUCAGAACAAAGCCAAGCAAUGCAGAGAUGCAGCAAAUGAAGCAGAGAAUGUGUACAAACAGAACAUUGAGCAGCUGGAUAAAGUCAGAACAGAGUGGGAACAGGAACAUAUCAAAACCUGUGAGGUCUUCCAGCUCCAGGAGUGCGACCGCAUCACCAUCCUCCGCAACUCACUGUGGGUUCACUGCAACCAGCUCUCCAUGCAGUGUGUGAAGGAUGAUGAGCUGUAUGAAGAGGUUCGGGUAAGCUUGGAGAACUGCGUUGUAGAAUCAGACAUAGACUACUUCAUUAAGACUAAAAUGACAGGAACACAACCUCCAGAUGCAAUAGGAUAUGAGAACUACUACAGCAGAGAACAAAACAGAAGCAACAGCAGCCCAACCCAGUCUUGUGGGAUGAUGAAGAGAUUCUCUGGAUUACUGCAUGGAAGCAGCAAAAACAACAUGGGAAGUGCCACUCCUUCAGCCCCUCCUCUUGAGAAACCAGAUGGAGUCUAUGCAUCCAUUUUUGCAAAUGAACAAGCUGGAAUCACAUCAACACAGGACUACAGAGUACUUUAUGACUACACAGCCCAGAACAUGGAUGAACUGGACAUCAGUGAAGGAGACAUUGUAGUUGUCAUUGAAGAAAAUGAGGAUGGCUGGUGGACGGCAGAAAGGAAUGGGCAGCGAGGCUUUGUGCCAGGAUCUUAUCUCAAAAAGCUUUGA